AUGGCUUUCUCACGCAACUAUGUGCCGCUACUCGUUGCUUCCAUAGCCACUACAGCGGUGGCCCAAAAUGAUUCAAAGGUAGAUUUGGGCUGGUAUGCGCCCAAGAAAAGCUGGAUCAAUGAUAUUGGCCAAGUCUUGAACGGCACGGGGACGAACGGGUUCCUGUUCAAUAGCUCGCAGCUACCAGCUGGUGUGGAGUACGGAACGUACAAUUGGUGUAAUAUGCCGCAUGUGAGGAAAGAAGAGUAUGUAAAGGUCAAUGAUGAGUUCAAGUUGGUGUACGUGGAGGUUAUUCAUCGCCAUCACAAGCGCACACCUUAUGCCUCCAAUACCUUUCCCAAAGAGGCUUAUCCCUGGGAUUGCAAUGACCAAGGUCUCUUCUACUAUGGCGAGCCUCUAAAUCCCGCUGGUAACACUUCUGCGUCAACAUAUUGGAGUGUCUAUACCAAUCCUGUUAACCCCUUCGCUGUGGCCGGCUUCAACGGAUCGUGCCAGUUUCCGCAAAUUACCCGUGAAGGCCUCGACGACUCCUUACAGCACGGCAAAGAUCUCUACGGCGUAUACCACGACAUGCUCGGCUUUCUACCAGACGCCAUCAACGAAAAGACAACAUGGCGUGUCUCAAAUAACGUCAUCACUAGCCAAGUCGCCGGAAUGUUGAUUGAGGGCAUGUACAACUCCAAAGACAACGUACCACUGCACGUUCAACCCUCCACCAUCGACUCCCUAGCCCCGUCGUACUCCUGUCCAGCAGGCUCUUCUCUCUACAGCUCCUACGGUGUCGGCAGCACAGCUUCAAACUGGACUGCACACCUCAAGGCCACAGCACCACUCUUCGCUUCUCUCGACGCCAUAAGCGGUGUUGCUACCGACUCUUCAGAAUGGCAUAAUUGGUUCGAUCACUACUACGACAAUCUCUCCGCUCGUCAAUGCCACGCCAAACCUUUACCCUGCAACAUCACCAACCCAGAUCUUUGCGUCACUCAAGAACAAGCCGAUACUGUUUAUCGUCUUGGUCAGUACGAGUAUUCGUUCCUUUACCGCGAUUCUCCGCUUUCUCUACAAGCAGCUGCAGCUUCUUACGGCGUUUUCAUGGCCGAGGUUGCAGAGAAUAUGCGGGCUGUUCUUGCAGGCAGAGACUCCGUCGUAUAUCGGCAUAAUGUUGCGCAUGACGGGUCGUUGGCUCGCUUACUUAGUUUCCUGCAGGUCGAAACUAUGGUUUGGGUGGGUAUGGGUUCCGAGGUUGUGUUUGAGGUCUACCAGAAGGAGGGCAAAGCGUAUCUGCGUAUACUUUGGGGUGGACAGGUUUUGAAGAGUUCAAAUCCAAGUUUAGGAAAGAUUGAUAUGAUUGAUCUGGAUGUUUUCCUGGGGUAUGUGGAUGGGCUGGUAGGGAGGAGAGCAGAUAAGGUUGUCGAAAAUUGUGCGGAGUGA